AGAGAGAGAGAGAGAGAGAGAGAGAGAGAGAGAGAGAGAGAGAGAGAGAGAGAGAGAGAGAGAGAGAGAGCGCACGCACACACGCACACACACACACACACACACACACACACACACACACACACACACACACACACACACACACACACACACACACUGUUUUAGAUGUGAUAGCAGUACACUCAUACCUCAGUACUAUGGACUAAAAGUGCAGGACACCGGUCCGAUGAAGCCGAUUGUCUGUAGGUACCGACACUAAGUGUUAGGUUACGUUAGGAUUAGCAAAUAUCAACAAUUACACUAUGAAAGACAGGAAUAAAUACAGUACUGUACUGUACUUUUAAUCAAGCACACAAUGCCAUCCCAUGGUAUCCAUGGUAACCAUGGUCAGUACCCAGGGGAGUAGCAGCAGUGAUGAGGAAGACCAGUUGCUGGUGACAGUGCCAAAUCUAUUGGAGGUUCAUAGCUGUAUGGACACUGUGCUACAAUUUGGGGAACACACCAAGAAUACAGAUAUCAGUGUUCAUUAUGGAAACCUCAGAAUUCUUUGAGAGGCUAUGAUUAAAGAACAAUUUCAAAAUGGCAAGCAAUUAAAAUUAGACAUCUUUUUCAAACCAUUACAUGUCACAGGGGAAAGGGGGUGGGGUUAAGGUUGAUCAAAUCAGUGUUUCUUUCUGUUUAGAUUAAAGGGUUUAAUUAAAUUUUGGGAUAUUUAUUCAAAGUUAGAAUUGAAUUACUUUUGCUUUGAUUUAGUUUAUUGUUCAAUUUAGUUUUGAUUUAGCUGUUGUUAAUAGAUGUAGAAAUACUAGACUAGGUGCCACCAGUCAUAGUUUCCGCUAAAUAAUUCUAACCUUGCUUUAUAUGGUAGCAUUUUAGUCUGAGGUCUAUAAGGCACUGGAAACACUCAAUGACAACUGAUUGAGUUUUAUUGAUGUUAGCUUCUAAAUAACAAAUAUUUUCAAAUAUUUUUUUCUCUUCUGAUUUACAAUGAUUUUCUAGAAAUUAGUUCAGUUACCUAGGACCAGUGGGACCUCCUAUAUUGGGAACAAUGAUAACUAAUGAGUUCAUAAUAAUAACAUUUAAAUGAAUGUUAUAAAAAUUAAUUGGUACUUCAGGGGCUUCCCUUGAUUUUUGGAAGAAAACAUCCUAAUUGUGUAAGUGUUACAUUCAGUUGUGUGUAUCACUGGUGUUUGACUGCUGCCUUAUCAAAGACAAUUUACCUUAGUCUGUUUACAUUCUAAAUUUUGUUUCCUCCCCCCAAAAAUAAUAAUAACUGGCAAAGGGGAAUUUUACAUCCUUCUCUCUGUGGACAACGAUGUUGAUUAGUCUUUUUCACAAAUAAUCAAUAAAUAUAGGUACAAAAAUGCUUAUUUUCAUAUGAACAAAACCUUUAAGCAAUCCAAGGUUUCGGGCCCUGACGGACAUACCUGUGGACAACAAUGUCAGUCUCCAACACCAAAAUGAAGCGCUGGGUUUUAUAUAUUGGCCACCAUACAUCCCAGGAACUAGUCCUCUGCCUAACUAUAAAGACAUAAUUUUGCAAUGUCCUUCGUAGUUGAUCACCCUUCUACAUUCACACAUUUUCUUGAACAUUUUUGCUAAUGGUCUCUGUACUCCUGGAUUCUAUCACUCUAUUAAUAAUUUUUGGAUCUAAACAUUAACAAAGAAUUUCUCUCAAAAUACAGAUUAUCAGUUCUGGCAUAUUUUCUCAUAAUCUACAAUGUUUUAUGAUUGUGAUUUUUCAUGUGACUGGGCCAGGAAUAUGGUCAUUUUCCAGUUGCCUUACAAAUCAAAGGAUACUACUCUGCACCAUCUCCAAAUAUCAACAACUAAUUUAACAAUUUGUAGCUUACAAUUUCAUUUAAUUUUCUUGUUCUAUGGUUUUUACUAAUUCCGAAAGUAUAUACAAAGUUUUGUUUACAUAAGCAAGAAGAAAGUAAAUUCUAUAUUCAUGACCUUUAAGCUAUAAAACUACUUCCUAUGAUUAUUAUUAUUUGGAUUUUUUUUUUUUCUCCCCUAAUUGCUGUUUUGUCCUAUGACCGUAGUUCCAUCACCGACGUUUCCCUAACCUUGCAGGUUUGCCAGAUCAAAACCCUCCGUGAAACACUCUUAUGUGGUAAUACUGCAAUCUAGAACUUUCGGUUAACGGAAUUCGGUAUCCCUAAUAUUUUCUAUAUGCAGGAAUCUACGCCUUUCCUUAUUAAGAUAGUAAAUUAUAUUAUGUUUUUUUAUUAAUAUAUUUGAAUGCAUAAACACAAGUAAACAUAUGAUUAGCCAAAUCCUUUGUUGUGGUACCAGAGUGCGCCCUCUGCACGCGCGUGCAAGUUUUGAAGGGAUGGAGGCCUGUACAUGCCUUGUAAGACCCUUCAGUGAAAAUGAGAGAAUGGCUUUUCUCUCUUUCAUUAAAGGGAGGCUUGUCAUCAUGUCCAAAUGACAGGUUUCUAAUAUACAGCUGGAGAAGAAACAAGCCUGGGAGGAAAUAUGCCAGCAAUAUGCUGAAAUGUUUCCUCCCAAUGAAGGUUGUGCCCCCAGAUCCACCAUCUCCGUGUGUGUGUGUGUGUGUGUGGGGGGGGGGGGGGGCAAGGAAUAAAGCAAUUAGAAAGUGCCACAAUAACAAGGAAAUGAUGGGCUAAUGGUUUGAGGGCUGUAGAGUUGAUUGUGGAAGGAAGAGUUACACAGGUUAAAAUAAGUAAAUAAUGAAAGAAAAGAAGUUAGAACAUAGAUAUAACAAGGAAAUGAUGAGUAGAUCAUGACUAAAAAGGCCCAAUGCUAGUGAUGCAAUAUAGUUUAAUAAUCAUGGAAGGAAAAGGAGUUACAUGGCCAAACUCGCCUUGUUACCAACUACACUAUCAAGGUAUGUGAAACUUUCUGAAAUCUCAACAUCCUCACUGCAUGGAUGAACAGACUGUACUGUUUCAUCCAGCAGCCCUGAAACACCUGUACCUUGGUCUUGGCCCAGGAGACCUGAAGUCUCAAGGGCUUUGCCUCCUCAUACAGUGCCUAGAGAGUCAUCACCAAAACCUCCAGUGACUCCGCCAGGAUUACUGCAUCAUCAGCAAAAACUAGGUCAAUGACCCUGGUAUUGCCAGUGGUGCUCCACAAUGACUGGUCCAGUAUCCAGUCCAUACAAAUGUUGAAAAGCGAUAGGGCAAGGACACAGCCCUGCCUCACUCCCACAUUCAUGGGAAAGAAGCUGGACAAGGCCCCACCAACAUUUCACAGCACUCUCUGGCCAGUCAGCAGACCAAUAGUUCUCGUAGGAAUCCCACAGAGUCACAGAAUAUCCCAGAGUGCCUCACAGUGCACUGAAUCAAAUGCCUUCUUGAGAUCAGCUUAGGCUGCAAGCAUCCUCUGUUGAAAUUCACAUCAGCACCCUACCAGUAAGCGAAGUGCUAGGAUAUGGUCAGUUGUUGACUUGCAUUCGUGAACCCAGACUGUUCAGGUUCAGCACAAUACCACGGUAGUUGUUGCAGUCCUGGUGGUCCCCUUUCCCUUUCCAGAUAGGGACGACCAACCCCUUCUUCCACUCAGAAGGAAUAGUACCAGACUGCCAUACGGCAGUCAAGACUGCAUGCAACCCAUGGAUCAUGGCAAUAGGCAAAAUGCAUGCAAAAUAUACUAGUGGCGUGGCAGCUUCUGGAAGCUCGCCUGUGAACAUACUAUAAGCAUCCUCUGUCCUUUGUCAGCAAGAAAUCUGAGUAACUUUCCAGUAUAAAGCUUCCUACACAGCACAGGAGAUGAAUAUUCAUUUACUACUUAUCUCACGUAUGAAAUAAAGAUGAGAGAAGGUGAGUUGAAGAGGAGGUGGACCAGGCAUCAGCUGACGACAUUGUUGGAUGACAUUGUUGGUGCCACUUCUUCCAUGUGCAGAAUGUAUAGCUUGAGAUACCAAAUAUUUUGCAGUUCUUCUACUUUCCAGUUAAAAAUAACCAAAAUGUACUUCUUAUUCUGAUCACAUAAUUCUUGCUCAUAUGUUUUACAGAACAUACUUUACACUGUAAAUAAACAUGACACCCUGCAGGAAAACAUCACCUUAUUUCUUCACUUCUACACCAAAGUCUUGUAAACGUGUUUGUGUUUUUAAAUAUUUCCUCAUAUAUGGGUCGAGGGGGACUGAAAUUCACAUAUUAUACUCCAAUGAGAAUAUGCUAGCGCUUCAUUAUGCAUAAAUGACAACUUAAUCCUUAAUAAUGUCCCAAAGGAAAGGUCCAAGGGAGGUCUCAAUGUACCUUGGAUCUGCUAAGUUUCACUUGGAGGAAGAUGUGAGACGGGUGUAUCACCAUGGAUCUGCUAAGUUUUACUUGGAGGAAGAUGUUGUAAGACGGAAAUACCACCAACAGACUCCAGGAUCACCUGAUGCACCAGCAGUACCAGCCUGUCUACCCUCACUGUCACCUAAUGAACCACCAGCCUCUAUCUCACAUUGUUCACAUGAUACUGAUACAUCUGUACCACCAGCACAGCCUACAAGCAGUACAUCAUUGGAACUGCAAAGCUGGCUGGUACCGCUGGUGCAUCAGGUGAACACAGAGUCUGCACUAGUUUAAAAAAGCUGUCUAAUUUUAAUUGCUUGCCAGUUUGAAGUUGUUCUUUAAUCAUGUCUCUCAAAGAAUUCUGAUAUUUCCAUAAUGAACACUGAUAUCUCUAUUCUUGGUGUGUUCCACAAAUUGCACAGUCUCCAUACAGCUACACAGCUCUGAUAGGUUUGGCACUGUCACCAGCAACUGGUCUUCCUUGUCACUGCUGCUACUCCCCUGAGUACCAACCAUAGUUAUCAUGGAUACCAUGGGAUGGCAUAGUUAUAGAAAAUUAUGAUAAUUUAAACACAACACAUAAAAAGGGCAAAAACCAUGGAGCAAUGAGCUACACAUGUUGUUAUACUGAUGUAAACAAAGUGAAUGCCUGCAAAUAAGCAGUCAGUUCUCAAAGCAGCAGCACACAUCCAGUGUUGCCACACCUCCAUCCGUAGUGCACGGGACUUUUAAAACUGAGUUGGCUGCACCAGAUUUUGUCUGCUGCUUCCAAAAUCCAUUAAAGUGAAGUCCAUAGGAGAGGUAUGAGUGUACUGCACAGCUACAGCGCUGCAUCACACCAGAUGUGAAUAGAAAACACACAUUUUUUUAGGGAUCUUGGCACCUACGCUCUUCCUAUUAUUCAUCAAUGAUCCUUUAAACCAAACUUCUUGUCCUGUUCACUCCUUCGCUGAUACCACCCUGCACUUUUCUACAUCUUUUUAUGGAUGUCCAACUAUUCAGGAAGUAAAAAGUUCAUGCAGGGAAGCCACAGAAUGCCUGACUUCUGAUCUCUCCAAAAUUUCUGACUGGGGCAGUGCCUCAAAAGUUCAGUUCCUCCAUCUAUCAACUCGACACAACCCUCCAGACAACUAUCCCUUCUCCAGUGACACUCAGCUGUCCCCCCUCUUCUACACUGAACAUCCUUUCCUUAUAAUCUAAACUGGAAAUUUAACAUCUCAUCUCUAGCUAGAGCAGCUCCUAUGAAGCUAGGUGUUCUGUGUUUUCUCAUCUCCCAACCCAGCUGCUAACUCUGUACAUGGGCCUUAUCCAUCCAUGUAUGGAGUUUGUUUCACAUGUUUGGGGGAUUCCAUUCAGACCACUAUUUUAGAGAGGGUGGAAUCAAGUGCUUCAUUGACUAACUCUCUCAUAUCACAGCAAUGUUGCAGCUCUUACUAUCUUCCACUGUUAUUUUCACACUAACUGCUCCUCUGAUAUGCUAACUGCAAACAUCUCUUCCAGCAACCUGGCAGCACAAGACUCUUCUUUUUCUCAUCCUUAUCUGUCCACCUCUCUAAUGCAGGAAUUAACCUGUAAUUUCAAUGAUUCAUCCCUUUUUUGGUAAAGUGUAGAACUCCCUGCCUGCUUCAGUGUUUCCUCCUUCCUGUGUCUUGAACUCUUUGAAAAGCUAGGUUUCAAGACACUUAUCAUCUCUGUUUUUAUUAUUUUAUCUGAUAUCUCUAUGAGAACUGGCAUUAAGUGGGCCCUUUCUUUUUAUUAAAGAUUUUUGUUGCCCUUGGCCAGUGGCCCUCUUACACACACACACACACACACACACACACACACACACACACACACACACACACACACACACACACACACACUACAAUUUUUUUUCCAUAACUUUAUGAUGAAACAUAAAAUUUUUUUUCCGCAAAAAGUCACAUCUUUAUGAAAUAGGGGGUACAUCUUAUGCAGAGGUGCAUUUAAUAUGCUGGCAAAUACAGUGUGUGCUACUAGGUGAACAGGGGCUACACAUUAAGAGGCUCACCCAUUUGCCUCAUCGUGGCCAGGACUUAAACCCAGGACUUCUCAGUUAUGAGCCAAGCAUGCUAACCACUACACUACAGUACACAGUGUUUGUGUGUGUGUAUGUGUGUGUGUGUGUGUGUGUGUGUGUGUGUGUGUGUGUGUGUGUGUGUGUGUGUGUGUGUGUGUUUGCUUUGCCCUUACAUCUGGCAGUGCAGAAGUGCAUCAUCAUCACAUCUAAAACUGUCUUUGUGUGUGUGUGUGUGUGUGUGUGUGUGUGUGUUUUGUUGUUGUUCUCACAUCUGGCAGCGUGAUGGUGCAGCCUCAUUGCAUCUAAAAGUGUAUGUGUGUGUGUGUGUGUGUGUGUGUGUGUGUGUGUGUGUUUUGUUGUCACGUCUGGCAGCACAGUAGUGCAACACCAUCACAUCUAAAACUGUGUGUGUUUGUUUUGUCCUCACAUCUGGAGUGAUUUGAUGGUGCUGUGUCGUCACAUCCGCCACAGUAGUGAGACAUUUCAUUUGUGUUUUUUCACAAUGUGGUGAUGCCAUUACCAGCUUUCCUCUCCCCUUCUCUUGCAUGUGAGCUAACAUGUUGUUGUGGUUGAUAAAUGGUCUAUCCACAUAAAGAAGUUGUGUGCUCAGAUAUGUGAACUGUACACAGAAAUAUGUAUACAAAACAUAGCAUGUAUGCAUUUAUUUUUAUUAUCUGUGACACCAAUGGUAGGAAUGUAUGACCCACGCAAUACCAAAGCAUGAAACUCAAGGAAAUAAUGUGCAUUUCUGGAGGGUGAAAAUUUAGGGCUCAGGACGAAACUUAAGGAUCAUGAAACUCAGAGGGUAUUGUACUUGUAAUAUACAGGACAUGAGCUAAACUUGCAUGUGUCUGUGUCUGCAUUUCUUUUCUCAAUGCAGUCUCCUUGCUUCCAUCACCUCUUCUGGUCUAAUGUGGGUGUCUGUUUUUAUGGGAAAAAAUGUACAGUUAGGUUACUGCUUAUGCAUAAUAUUCAUUUUGCUUCCAAGUCAUACUGAAAAAUGAGGAACUUAAAGCCAAAUGUGGGGAAGGGCUGCAACAAGUCACAGAAAAGUUCGUAAUGUGGAGCAGGGUAACACUAAUAUCAGGGGAGUGAGCACACUGCUGCUGCCAUACAAAGCCAUGUUAGUUUAGUGAGAAGGGCAGGCUGCAGCCACUGCUGCUGCCACUGCUGCUGCAGCCAUCAACAGCGAUAUUAAUAGUGAGUGUUCAACAGUUGUGUGUGUGAACAAUGGCUCAGUGUGUUUAUUUUUUGUGAUUGUCACUGUAUGUACUGCGUACUUUGGGGGCCAAGAGCUCUUUAGGUGCAUGAGUUUAAAUCCUGUCCUUCAUGAGGAGACACCAUUCUGGGCCUGAUAGAUGAGAGAAACUGGACAAAGAAAAAAGUAAAAAAAAAAAUUGUUUUAUUCAUUAUAAUUUUUAUGUUUCAUGAGCUCUUGUUUAUCUAUUACCUUCAAUUAUUUGCAUAAAAAUUUUGAAUGCUAUAGGUAGUCUGGAAAUGCAUGUAUCUUAUUUUAAUUUUUGAGGAGCUUGUCUCAAUCAGGUCAGAAUCACAGUCAUUUUCUGUCGUUACUUUCAUUAAAACUCUAAUGUGAAUCACACUAAAUUGGGCUGAUAGCAGAACUGAAGCCUGGCAUUAACAGAGACCUGACUGCUCUACCUUUCACUCACUGAUAUCCUCUGUCCUCCACACAUGGACUGGUCAUGCCAUCAGGUUAAAACCCAGCUAACAUGGAACUAUUGGAAAUUUACUGGCCCAGUACUGAAUUUCCUGGAAAUUAAACAUUGGCACAAUGCUUGCAAAACCUACCCCUAAUAUUUGACCAUUAUAAAUCCCUUAUCCAUUUGCACCCAGGGCAGUUAAUGGGAUUGUAUCAAAUUUGUUAAGGACCAAUGUCUGCAUACCAUUAUAAUUCCAAUGUCUUGUACUGGCCAGAUAUUGGCACAACACCAUUUAUUUUUAUUAUGGAAUUGGAAUUUCAAAACAAUUUCAGUUAUCCAUACUUAUUCCAUUGUCCAGUAUUAGACCUGUAUUGGAUGCAUUCCUUGUUUUCAAAUGUUAAUUAUGGCUUUCCAUUAAUUCCUGAUAGACAUACAAUGUAGAUACUACUGAAAAGCAUGUUUAAUUAUAUAUAUAAUGGAACUUCAGUUACCAAACAUCUCCCUUUUCAAACAACUCGGUUUUUUAACAAAAAAUUUUAACUCAUAAUUGCUUUGGUUGCCUUACCAUAAUUCAGCUUUUGAACAAAGUUACUUGAUUUCAAAUACUAAAAGAUGUAGCAAAAGCUGCCAUUUAUUACUAACUUAUAGUUUCUUUAAAUAUUUCCUUAAUUUUUAUAUAUUUGGAAGAGAGACAUAGAGUAUAAGACAGUAAUUCAGUCUUUGAAAUAAGUUAAAUGUGAUCCUGUUGAAGACCCUUGAAUCAGAAUCAGAAUCAGUGAGUGGCACCAGAGAGAGAGAGAGAGAAAGAGAGAGAGAGAGAGAGAGAGAGGACACAUGAGAGAUUUUUUUUUCGGGGGGGGAGCUUCUGCAAAAAAAGUAGGAGAACAAAGAUGGUGAUGAAUGCUUGCUGUGUGUGUGAGGAGGUGACCAACAGGUCAAGAUGAGUAGCAUGUGGAAGGUGUAUGAGAUGGUACCAUGUGACUUGUGUGGGCAUGAAAGAUGUAAACAUGAAGUUGCUGAGUCACAAGAACAUUACAUUGUGUGGUAAAUGCCUAGAACGAACUCAGGAUGCAUGUAACAUAGAGAUGAUGAAGAGGAGUGCAAGAAAAGCAGCAAGAAAAGCAGCCAAACAGAAAAUAAGAAGAGUAAGAGUGACGCCAAGGCCAAGACCAGCCAGGAAGACAACUGCCAAGGACCAGCCAAAACCAACCAGCCUAAACGAGGAGAGGUGUAACAGGAUGAAGAUGGUAAGGAGGCACCCAAUACAGAUUAUUGGGAUAGUAUGGUGCACUACACUCCUGUCCAAGUCAGGUGCUCCGUGCCUGGAAUUGGGUGCACCAAUAUGCCUGGUGCCAGCAUUAGGGACAUCACAGAAAAAGUCAAGCAAGAGACUAAGAAGAUGGAAGAUGGCAUGCUGAUCGUCCAGGGUAGGGGAAACCAGCUGCAAGAAAAUGGAGUGGAUGCCACUGUGAAGGAGAUAAUGGAUGCUGUGAUGUCUGCAGAGAAGAAGACGAAUGUAGCUGUGGUGGGAAUUCUGAGACAGCCACAAGAAAGUAUGGAGUAUGAGAGGCUGAGAAGAGGAACAAACAAGAGACUGUGUGAAGAAAUUGUGAUGAUAAAGAUGAAAUGGAUGACUGAGAAGAGUGGGAACAUGAGCUUCCUAGACCUGGACAAGACCUUGGGCGAGGACCAGUUCUAUGCCAGGGAUGGAGUUCACCUUAAUGCGGAUAGCAAUGCGAGGAUGGGAGCGAGACUGCAAGAGUGGGUGAAGGCAAGGACGGUGUGCUGUGUGGACCUGAUAUGAAGAAGAGCAACUGAGGAUGAAAGGAAUGGAAGAGAAGUCACCAACCAGGCAAGAAAAGGCAUGAAGUUUGGAUGUGUGAAGGUGAGAGGAUGGAGCAUAGGAAAAUUUGAGGAUGUGUGUAAGGAACUAAAUGAAUGGCAUUUUGACAUAGUUGGAAUGACGGAGACACAUUUGAAGGAUGACUUGAAUUCGGAUGGCAGUGAGUAUAUGAUGAUUGGAAAGGGAUGGAAAGUUCAGGAUAGGAUAGGAGGAGGAGUAACAUUUUUGUAUAGGAAGGAAAGGAACUUUAGAAUAGAAAAGUUAGAUGUAGGAAAUUGUAUCAUGAGUGAGGAUAUUUUAGCAGUGAAGGUAGAGUGCACAGGUGAGCGUGGAAAGUGUGAAAGAUUGGUGGUGAUUGUGGUUUACAUGACAAAGGUGAAAGAGAAGUGAGAGAAAACAGCAGGAAGUAUGGUGUAUUGAGGAAGAUUGUAAGAGAGUAUGCUGGAGGGAGAGAGAGUGAUGAUUAUGGGAGACAUGAAUGCACACAUAGGUAUUUUAGGUGAACAAAUUAAUAGGAAUGGUGAAAUACUGAUGAGUUUGUGAAUGAGAUGGACCUAGAAAACCUGAAUGAGACCCUGGCAGAAGAAUGAGUGACUUGGUAUGCUAGGAACAAGGGGUCUGCAAUUGACUACAUGCUUGUGAAUGGGAGAAUGCAUGAGAUUGUGGACUGCAUGUGGACAGAUGAGGAUGGAAUGAUUGAUGUUGUCUUGGACCAUAACAUGCUGGUACUAGAAUGUAAGUUGAAUGUAAGAGACAGAACAAAUGCCAAGGCUAAGAGGAGAAAGUGGACUCUGAGGGAUGUAGGAUUGGAGAAUUUCCGAGUAGACUUGAGUGAGAGAAACUGGGAAGAUGAAAGCUUGAAUGGUGUGGAUAAAAUGAAUGAUAGGUUUGUAGAGAAUGAGAGGGAUGCAGCAGCCAGCUAGAUAGGAUAUGUAAGAACAAAUACCAGGAAGCAUUCAUGUAAGCCAUGGUGGAGUGACAAAAUUAGGGACGCUAGAAAGGUAAGAAAGAGACUAAAUAAAGUGUUCAGGCAGUUGAGAAAGAGAAGGCAUGAGAGUGAGUACCAAAAUGCAUGGACAGUGUAUGUGAGUCAGCAGUGAGUGAUGAAGCGAAAGAUAAUAAAUGCUAAAGUUAAGUGUGAGAGGAGUGUGAUUCAAUCCCUAAGAGAGAAAGGUGUUGAAGGUGGCUGGGAAUGGUACAGAUUCCUGAAGGAUGAGGGAAUGCCUGACAGUGAGAAUGUGGAUAGUCUGAAGGUGAAUAGAGCAGUGGUGACAGAUAGGGAAGAAAUGAGAAGAGCAAUAAAAGAGUUCUGGGAAGAGAUUGGAGGUGUAGGUAAGGUACUUGAUGUGAGAGAAGGUUGUGUGACACUGGAGAGGAAGUAUGCAGAUUAGUUGAAUGAAAGAAUCAGCAGGGAGGAAAUGGAGAAAUGUGUGAAAAGGCAGAAGAAUGGAAAGGCAGCAGGGCCAGAUAAGAUACCUUAUGAGAUGUACAGAAAUGGAGGGGAAGUUGUGAAUAAUAGGAUGACUGAGUUAUUUAACCAGGGAGAGUGUGGGAGGAGGAGAGAUUGCCGAGAAUGUGGAAUGAAUGCAGGGUGACUCUGCUGCAUAAGGGAGGAUACAAGAGUAAGAAUGAGUUGAAAAAUUACAGGCUGAUUGCAUUAGUGAACACAGUAGCUAAAAUUUUUUAUGCAGUGUUGAAUGAGAGAUUGUGUAAGUGUUAAGUGAAGAACAGAAUGAGUUUCUUGUGGACAGAAGAGCAGAAGAUAACAUGUUUGUGAUGAAUGAAAUAAUUGAAAGAAAGAAGGAUGGUAGUAAACUGUACUUAGGUUUUCUAGACAAAGAGAAAGCUUAUGGUAGAGUGAACUGAGAGAUGCUAGGUAGAGUCUUAGAAAAAAUUGUGUUGAGUGCAAAGGUAGUUAACAUGGUGCAGAGUAUGUAUAUGGACACAAGAGCUAGAUACAGACUAGGAGAUAUGGAAACAGAGUGGGUAAAGAGUGAGAGAGGAGUUAGGCAAGGAGUUAGUUGUCACCAACCCUUUUUAGUUUGUAUGCAGAGGAGUUAGCAGCCAGAAUGAGAAGAAUGAAGAGUGAGUGUGGGGUAUAAUAAAAUAUGUGUGGUUUUUCAUGCAGAUGAGGUUGUGGUCAUGAGUGAAUCGUCAGAUGAGCUUCAAAGUUUGUUUGAUGCUGUAGAUGGGUAUGGAAGGGGCUUUGGUGUGAGAUUUAGUAGUGAGAAAAGCAAGGUAAUGAUUGUGAAUAGGUCAGAGGAUGAGAGAAAUUCAGUGUGGAGACUGAGAAGGAAUGAGUUGCAACAGACAGAUGAAUACAAGUACCUGGGGAUGUGGAUGAGUAAGAAUGGCUGUGUGAAGGCAAAGAAUGAAAAGAUAAGCAUGGUGAACCAGUGGGUGGGUCAUCUAGGAAGUGCAGUGAGUAAAUAUGACAUGCUGCAAGAAGUUCGGAAGAUUGUAGCUGUUCCAAGCAUUAUGUAUGAUAUGGAUGUGAUUGUGUGGAAUGAGAAUGAAUUAAAGAAGUUAGAAGUAGAACAGAAUAGAGUAGCAAAGAUGGCACUUGAUGCACCAAGGUACACAGCGAUAGAGGCCUUGAGAGGGGGACAUGGGGUUGGAGUACUUUUAGAGAGAGACAUGCAAAAGCAACCUUGAGGUACAAAGCUAGAUUAGAGCAAAUGGAUGAUGUGAGAUUAGUGAGGAAGAUGUUUCUGUGGAUUGUUAAAAGUAGCAGAUGGGGGAAGAAGUGUGUUAAGUUGGUAGUAAAGAGUGGUUUGGAAGCUAGUUGGGCUUUUCAGCAGUUUGAGGGGAGGCAUGUUGAGAGUAACUGCAGUAUAAUUGUCAGAAAUGGGGAGGGUUUAGAAUGGGAUGUAAGAAAGUGAAAAAAUGAGACAGUGGUGGAGCAUGUGGGAUUGAGUGAAUGAAAGAAUAAGAUGGAACAUAAGAGUACUUUGGAGUGGUAUAGAGAGAAAAGGCCCCGAUGUAUGAAAAGUGGUAUGAGGGAAGCCUGGGCAGUGAUCUUCUAUUCCGAGCAAGGGUACAGUGUAUGAAUGUGAAAGCAAGGAAUUACAGAUGGUCUGAGUCCUGCAGCAAAGUGUGCCAAAUGUGUGAUAUGGGAGAGGAUGAGAUGGUGGAGCAUGUGGUGCUGGAGUGUGUGAAGUAUGCCAGAGACAGGAAUGAGAUGAUGCAAGUGGUGCUGAGGGAAUUGGGGUAUGCUAGAGUGGAGAAGACUGCUGGGACUGUGUGGGGAGAUGAAUGAAGGGAUGACUGAGGCAGUGAAGGAGUUCCUGGGGAAAAUGUGGUGUGCUAGAUGUAGAAACUAGUGGUGUGAUAGAUGCUGUAUGACUCUGUAUGCUGUUUUCUAUUUGUCUUUUUUUUUUUUUUUUUUUUUUACUGGAGUGCUGAUGGAAAGGCAUGGCUUGGGAGGAAUCCUGAGCCUCCUAUAAGAUCAAGAUCAAACACUCAGAAGUAAAGCUUAUGAUAGAGUGAACAGAGAAAUGCUAGGUAGAGUCUUAGAAAAGAUUGGAUUGAGUGUAAAGAUAGUUAACAUAGUGCAAAGUAUGUAUGUGGACACAAGAGCUAGAUACAGACUAGGAGACAUAGAAACAGACUGGGUGAAGAGUGAGAGAGGAGUUAGGCAGGGCUGUAUGUUGUCACCAACCAUUUUUAGCCUGUAUACAGAGGAGCUAGCAGCCAGGAUGAGAAAAAUGAAUGUAGGGAUAAGUGUGGGGAAUGAUAAAGUAUGACUGCUCCUUUAUGCAGAUGACGUAGUUGUUAUGAGUGAAUCUGUUAUGAGUGAAUCGGCAGAUGAGCUUCAAAGUUUGUUGGAUGUGGUGGAUGGCUAUGGUAAAGACUCUGGAGUAAGGUUUAGCAGUGGGAAAAGCAAAGUAAUGAUUGGGAAUAGGUCAGAGGAUGAAAGUAAUGUGGUAUGAAGACUUGGAGAGAAUGAGUUGAGACAGGUGCAAGAUUACAAGUACUUAGGGAUGUGGAUGAGUCCUAGUGGGUGUGCAAAGGCAAAGAAUGAAAAGAUAAGUAUGGUAAACAAGUGGGUAGGUCGAUUGGGAAGCGCAGCAAGGAUGAGAGCAAGUAAGUAUGAUGUGUUGAGAGAAGUGUGGAAGAGUGGCUGUGCCAUAUAUAAUGUAUGGUAUGGAUGUGAUUGCAUGGAAUGAAAGUGAAAUUGAUAAGUUAGAAGUGGGCCAGAAUAGAGUAGCAAGGAUGGCACAGAGUGCACCGAGGUGCACAGCAGUUGAAGCCUUGAGAGGUGACAUGGGAUGGAGCACCUUCAGAGAAAGACUGACAAAAGCCACACUUAGGUACAAGAUUAGGCUUGAGAGAAUGGAUGAUGCAAGAAUAGCAAGGAAGGUGUACCUGUGGAAUGAAAGUGGAAGCAAAUAGAGGAAGAGAUGCAUGAGAAUGACAGACAGGAGUGGAUUGCAAGUUGUGUGGGCGAUAAGAAUGGCAGGGAGGAAUCAAAAUGAGCGUGAAUGGGUGGUAACAAGAGGAGGCAGAGUGGGAGCCGAAUGGGAUGUGAGAAAAUGGAAGAAUGAGAUAGACAAAGAAGUGAAAUGUGUGGGAUUGAAUGAAUGGAAGAAUGAAAUGGAAAGAAAGAAGACCCUGGAAUGCUACAAGCAGAAAGAGGAACCGAGGUAUAAAAGGUGGUAUGGUGGAAGCCUGGGCAGUGAUCUCUUCUGAGCGAGGGCACAGUGUAUGGAUGUGAAUGCAAGGAGUUACAGGUGGUCUGAGUCCCGCACCAAAGUGUGCCAGAUGUGUGACAUGGGAGAGGAUGAGACAGUGGAACAUGUGGGGCUGGAGUGUGUGAAGUAUGCCAGAGACAGGAAUGAGAUGAUGCAAGUGAUAUUGACUGAGUUAGGGCAUGAUAGGAAUGAAAGAGUGGAGAAGACAGGAAAGGAAUGGAUGGUGUUGUUGCUGGGAUUGUGUAGAGAGGCAAAUGAAAGGGUGAUUGAGGCGGUGAAAGAGUUUCUGGAAUGUGGCGUGCCAGAUGUAUGAACAAUUAGUGUAGAGGAUGCUGUUCGUUUCUCUUCUUUUUUUCCCCCCUUCUACAGGAAUUGCCGAUCCAAAGGCCUGGCUCAGGAGUUAUCCUGUGCCACCUGUACCAUCAAGAUCAAGAUCAUGCUGUGGCUUUUUCUAUGACCACAACGCCAUCACUACUGCAAAACUGCAUUUUCCCAGUAGCUUUUCCCAGCAGCAAGAUGUUUAAGUGUUACGAUCACCUUCAUUAUACCGUGUUGCUGGUCCAUCUGGCAUCGCACCCCUCUGCUUCUUGUUGCAAGUGUGGAUGCACUUAUUUACUCUGCACUCCCACUGCUUUACAGGUUAGUACCAUGAUCCCAGUUGGACCUAGUGAUACCAUCUAUGUUAUAUAAUCUCUUGAGUUGUGAUAGUGGAAAAUAUAAUAACAAAGGGUUAUGUAUGCAUCAUACAGUGUUUUACUGACAAUAAGUAGGCAAAACUUGUCCACUUGUCUCUGAGCCACUCACUGAACAGUGCCAGUACAUUAGAUAUUUUUUUUUUUCCUCACAUUUCCCUGUCCUUACUUCAUCAUGGAGAGGAGAGCCAGACUAAUGCAGACUGGAGCGGAUGCUUGCCAACCAGACACUAGAAGUCUUUGGUGACUUAUUUAUGGAUAUGGUGUAUGAUGAAAGUCUUUCUGGGAUGCCUUGGGGGCAGCUAAAUAAGCUUCAAACACUGAUCCCAUACCACUAAUGCUCCAUACAAGGGAAAUCUAAAGUAUGAGAAUUACUACCUAGAGUCAAGUGGGUGAUGUACAUGACAGUUCUUCCCAAGGGUGGCGGUGCCUGUCAUCUGGCAGCAGGGCUGUGAUUCAUUUUCAUUAAAAACUCAAAUACUGCAUGCUUUGGCAAACCACUACUGAAAACACCUUAUAUUUUUAUGAUUCUCUUUUUUUCACUUUUAAGAACACAAAUUUAAUCCUCAAGUGCCUUAGAGAUUACAUAGAAAUUAAGCUUAUAAGAAAAAUUACCUUUAUUUCCUAUUUUCAACUAUCAUAUUAUACUGGAUAAAAAGUAAACAGUUGAAUUUACACAUUUAUUUUCUUACCUACAUUUCUGUACCUACAAAAUGCACUGAAACAUUAUUUUUUUACUUUCAUUGGGCACUUUAAUUCUCUUCAGUUGUUCCUGGAAUUCAUGACAUCUUAAUUUGUUGGUUGUGGCAUUAAUCUAUAAUAU